CCGGCACGCGACCAUGUCUUUCAACUACGACCGCUACCGCCAGGACCGCCGCCAGUCGCGCCCCUCGGGCUCGCUGACCUACUGGGUGCCGCUCGUGCUGAGCCUCACCGUCGCCAGCGCCGGGCUCGCCGCCUGGGUGUGGAGCGAGCGCCGCGACGACGAAGACGAGUCCGAGGACGACGCCGACCUGAGCUAUGGCGAGGAGAUGGGCCGCAAGGACCGCGACGGCCUGCUGCGCCCCGACGACAGCAACAUCGUGUCGCGCGUGCAGGGCGCCAUCCGCCGCACCCCGAGCCCGCAGCAGCUGUUCGACACGGUGAGCAAGAAGACGGCGGCUGGCUGGGCCGCCGCCGGCGCCGCCCUCACCUCGAUCCGCGAGGAGGACCGCGACGACUUUGGCGACCACAACCGCUGGUCCGAGGAGGCGGCCAUGCGCCGCAACGUCGAGGCCCAGUCGGAGCAGAGCAGGGCCGCCGUCGACACGCAGACCAAGUCGUUCGCCGCCUCGCUCAAGAACGGGCCCGCCUACACGGGCAAGCGCAAGACGGUCGUGCUGGUCGUCUCGGCCGAGUCGAUGAUGGACCUGCACGACGACGACGCCCCCUACCGCUCAGAGAACGCCACCAUCCUCUCCCACCUCCCCGACACCGACUUCGUCAAAACCAACCUCUUCGUCCUCAUCUACUCGCCCUCGCUGCGCUCCCGCCCCCAGUCGCGCACCGGCACCUCCUCCCUCGGCGGCUCCUACUCGGCCAUCUCCGCGCCCCACACCCCCGGCGACGAACUCUCCUCCUUCUCCCACCCAGACGAACACACCGUCUACACCCCCUCGCUCAGCGCCCGCAGCUCCGAAAACCUGCUCUGGAACACGCUGCACGCGCGCGCCCUGCGCCUCGUCGAGAACCCAGCCAUGGUCCUGCCCUUCAGCACCCCCACCGGCUUCGUCCACAUGCUCAGACACAUCAGCCCGGAUCUCGUCUACAUCGUCGACGCACUGAGCGGCGCGAAUGGCGCUAAUAUCGAGGACUUGAAGCGCUGGGUUGGCCAGACUAUUGUCGUUGUGGGUGGCGAUGGCACUGGCUUGGGCGGCUUGGUCGAUACGGAUGAUGAGGGUCCGGUGGGUAAGGGCAAGGCGAGCGAACAUGCGCUGGAUCGCUGGUGGGAGACUUCUCACAUGAUUGGUCUGGGUAAGGGUGUUGAGAUUGUUGAUGCGUCGCGGUUGGAGGACGAUUAUGAGAGGAGGGUUGGCGGCCGCGAGUAG